UGGGAACCUUCUUGAUUUCAAUCGUUUUUGGUCUUGUCCUCGGUAGGAGGCGUUGUCAUAUAGCAAAGGAAAAAGCACAAGAAGCAUAGCGAUAUGAUUUAUUUGCGUAACCUGUACGCACACACUAAAAGACUCUUCUGGAGCGCCGUCGGCGCAGUUUUGUCAUUCAAUCGCUACAAGAUAUACAGCGAAUAAACAAAGUCCACUUCUGAAGUACUUGAAUACCAUAAGAAUGCCACUGAAAUGGAAAAUCACUAGCCGCGCGCGGUUUAUUCUACGAAUUAAGCAGAACUACUCGGGUUUCGACAUGUGUAAGGGAUAUGGGUCGGGAUUAAUAGCGCGGGGAUGUCGAUACUCGGGACACAUUUCAGAUUAUACCAUAAGAAUGCGACGCACUUGA